CAUGUCCACCGACUGCCGAUAGGCGAUAGCUGACCGCUAAGAAUAGCGGCCCGUGAGUGUCCGCUAGGCUUUAAACAGCAGCGAGCUGGCAGUCGUCCAACGAUUUCAGGUGGGUUUGUGAAUUUUGGGUCGUCCUAUUUCCGCAAAAGCAUUGAAUUUCGAUUUACCACGCGCCAUUGCAUGCUGAAGUGGCCAUGAUCCGCUUGAGGACCGCCCGAGCGGCUUUCAAUACAUCUCUAAGAAGACCAUGGACGUGCCCGCAAUGCAUCUCUCGCAGCCGAUUCUAUUCUGGAAAGUCCGAAAAGCGAGAACCUCCCGACCAUCGUAAACUCGGUACCAAGCAAGAACUCUUUAUCAGCUCGAUCUACAGUCCUGGCUCCCCCAUAUUCCUACCGAAUGGCUCGCGAAUCUUCAAUCGACUUGUCGACUUUCUCCGAAAACAAUACGUGCGAUAUGGCUUUGAGGAGGUCAUUACGCCGACCAUCUACAAAAAGUCACUAUGGGCCAAGUCAGGUCAUUUGGAAAACUACGCUGACGACAUGUAUGCUGUAAGAGGGAAUACAGAACCGCCGCCUGCGCAACAUGACGGAUGCUGUGGGAGUGAGCAGAAGGAUUUGAAGCCAGACGAGGAGGAAGAGGGUGAUUAUGGUCUAAAACCUAUGAAUUGCCCCGGCCACUGCCUCAUUUUCGCUUCCAAAAACCGCAGUUACCGAGAUCUUCCAAUUCGAUAUGCCGACUUUAGUCCUCUACAUCGAAAUGAGAUCUCUGGCGCUUUGAGUGGACUAACUCGUGUUCGACGUUUUCACCAGGAUGACGGACACAUCUUUUGCCGACCAAUUCAAGUUGAGAAGGAGAUUAAGAAGACUCUAGACUUUGUCAAGGUAGUCUACACUGUUCUGCGAUUUGGCUCAAACUAUCGACUUGCACUCUCCACACGGCCAAAGGAUCACUACAUUGGUACCGAAGAGGAGUGGGACCAGGCUGAGAACGCCUUGAAGCGAGCUCUGGACGCAUCAGGCAUGGAAUGGGGUGUGAAUGAGGGAGAUGGUGCUUUCUACGGACCCAAGAUCGAUAUCGUCCUCACAGACUCGGAUGGAAAGGAGCAUCAGACGGCGACCAUUCAACUUGACUUUCAACUACCCAAGCGAUUUGAACUUGAGUAUCAGGCCCCUGCUCCUGAAUAUGAAGCUAGAGGCGAGACGACCACAGAUGCUUCUCUACUCGAUGAGUAUGGCCCCGUGCGCCCUGUUAUGAUUCACCGCGCUGUCCUGGGCUCGGUUGAGCGUCUCAUGGCUCUCCUGAUUGAGAAGUACAAUGGCAAGUGGCCUUUCUGGUUGAACCCUCGCCAAGUCGUCAUUCUCACCAUCAACACUGCCGAACCUGUUGUCGAAUGGGCGGAGCAAGUGCGCAGUGUGCUGGUUGGUAACAACGACCAACUUUACGAGCAGCUUGAGAGCGGCACACUCCCUAGUCAGGGGAACGCAUUUCGACCAACUGGGCUGUCGGUUGACAUAGAUGAUAGUGCGCGGCCUUUGGGUGCGAAAAUCAAGGAGGCAAGAGAGAAGAACUAUGGUGAGAUCCUCGUGAUCGGACAGAAAGAUGUUGAGAACAAGCGGGUUUCGCUAGGCAAGGAGAUGCUAUUACCAGAGGAGGUACGUGAGCGGUUCAAAACCAUGGUAGACACAUUUGCCUAGACAUAGAUAUGCGAUGUCAUGUAAUAAUAACUGUAAAAACACAUUUGUAUGAUACAACAGUCUCUAUAUCAGUCUUUCUUCCCUAGUCAUGCUGAUAGCGCGGCGCUG